AUGACGGGAGCGGUGGAGAAUGAAGAAUGGAGGAUAGGUUCGUGGGUCAAAAACGAGGCUUAUCUAUGGGGGAGCAAGUACCCCCCCAGCUUAGAUAAAAACUGUAAGUCGUCAACCAAGUAUUGUUAUCCGAACCUUACCAGACAAGGAGACUCAAGAUGGAAAAAUUUGCACGACUGGAUCUCGAGGAAGAUGUUAGAAAAACAUCGCUAUCAGUGGGGAAAAGAAUUUGAUCCAACAGUCUUAACAGGCAUAGGGGGGAAAAAUUCACAAGGAGGUCUAGACUGGGGAGACAUCAUUAAUAAGGUUUUGAAUCGAAUAGAAGGAUUAGCUCCCGUUGCUCGCAAUGGGAGAAGCAAUUCUCUAAGAUGGACCAAGGAAGAAUGGGCCGAAGCAUUCAAGCAUCAAAUCCCACUAGACACUCCGCUGGACAAGUUUGAAUCAGGCAAGGCGAUGUUAUUCGUGAUAAUGUGUAUAGUCACAGGUUUGAUUGAGGGCAGAGCAAAGGAGGGGAAAAUCUUUAAGAGAAGAGGAAGGAUGUGUAGCCCAAUAGAUACUACUUUGCAGUUUCGCGUAAAGGAUUGGGAGGCAUGGAUAAAGAACAGCGAUGAUAUAAGGAAAAAUAGAGCAAAUCAAUGUUCCCAACAGGCUGGGUAUGACGGAUGUCAAUGGGCAGCAAUAGCUUUAAUUUUGAGUGUGUACGAGUCCAUGACGAAUAUCUGCAGUCAAUGUGGUCCAUAUGAAGUGAGUUAUUGGAUAAGCAAAGAUGACAGGACGGGCGAAGCAAGUGACAUGCAAUAUUGUGUGUUUAACGACCAAGGAAUAAAUUGUCAGUCCUUAGGCUCCAAAACAGAAGCUGGAAAGAUGAUAAUAAUAAGGCCCGGUGAGCUGGAUAAGAUCACAAGAAGCCAAGUCUUUGACAGUGGAGAUAAACAACGUGCGUCUUUCGAGGCCCAAGAAAAUAGUCAGAAGGAGAUGAUAACUUACACUACGGAACAGGGCGCCAGCAGUAGCAAUGGAGUCCCUCAAACCCAAGAUGAAGGUCCUACGGAGAGACUCCCGUUACAUCAAAAGAGCCUUAAAGAUCUCUCCUCUUGUCCGUCCCCGAAUCCGGAGGGACGAACGCCUUGUAUGAAGAUCAUUGAGAAGUCCCCCCUAGUUCCUAAGACAGAAACCCCCUUAACACCAGAAGUUGAAGCGACGCCCCAGCAAAACUUGGAACACGCGGCUAAGGAUCUCAGAAGGGAGCCACCUGAGGCAAGUGACCCUCUCCAUCGUGUGGAUGAACCAGCAUCUGAAGAGGCCGCGGGGAAUCCCUUAUGGACAAAUUCGACACCCUUCGUUUUUGGAAGUGGCCCCCCCUGGGCGAUAAUCGUCGGUUUGGGCGCUGUUGUGUGUUUAGGCAUAGGAGGGGGUUAUGGUUUAUGGAGGACCUUCGGUCGUCGUAAACGGGCACACGCUUGCUUGAAGCGGAAGAAAGUCGAGGAAGAAUAUAAAUUAAAGUAUGGGGGAGGGUUUAGGGUUCGGGGUUUUGGGAUGAGAAAUGACCCAUACUAA